AUGAAAUUUUUUGUCGUCUUUGUGGCCUUGUUGGCCUGCGUUGCAGCCUACGAAGUCGAAUUCUUAACCGAAGAACAAUGGGACCAAUUCAUGAACGAUGAGACCAUUGAUGUCGAAACCAAAGGUUUAAUCUUAAACUCUCAAGCCAAGAAGGCCGUUAGGAAUUUCGUGAAUCAAAUGCCCUGCGGUUGGCCUGAAUAUGGUAUUCCUCCAUUGGCUCCCUAUACCAAUCCCGAUUUGGAAAUCCAUGUUGUUCAAUCCUUUGUUGAUUCCAUUGUUCAAGCCCUUAAAUUCCGUUUCGAUGGUUUGGAUGAUAUGGAAAUCAAAAAAUUGAAGGUCUCCUACACUUUCAAUAAGAAAGUCAAGUUCCAUUUCAAUUUCAAGGAAUUGAAGGCUAAGGCUUCCGUCCUCAACACCGACACCUUUGUUGAUUUGAUGAGAGAAUUGGGUAUCUCGGUGCGUUAUGAAGGUUCCGGUCCCAUGGAAUUCGCUUUGGAAAAUCUAUCGCUUCAGGGUCAAUUCAAAUAUAAGAUGCCCUUCAUUUUCGGUUCGAUUAAAAUUUACAAAUUCGAAUGUACUGUGACGUUGGGUGGUGUCCGCUCCAACAUUGGUGGCAUUUUGGGUAAUGGCCGUAUCAAUGAAUUUGUCAAUGACCAAAUCGAUUAUUUGGUUCCCGCAAUUAUUAACGGUAACCAGCGCAAGAUUAGCGAUACCAUUGAACAGGUUAUUGUACCACGUGUCAAUCAAAUGAUGAAGGGUAAGAAAAUCUGGAGCAUGCUCGGUAUGUUGUCCAACAGCAAGAGGAAGUGUAAUCCAACUCCAGCUCCAUUCUUGGAAGAGAAUUAUUAA